UUAGUUCAGUUGGCAACGCGGCAAACAUUUUGUUUAUAGCGAGAUCGAUAAUAUUUUCAACUAAAAUUAAGAAAAAAUCAUGUCCUUAGCUGAUGAAUUACUUGCUGAUCUGGAGGAGGAUAAUGACAAUGACAUUGAAGAUGCGGAUAUGGCUGAGGGCGAUGACCUGGAGCAAGCAGCGCUUAGUCAAGAGUUAGCAGAUAAGCUUCUGAAGCCGGCUCCAAACCUCAUGGAGGUGGAUGUCACAGUGCAGUCAGUGCGCGAGCUGUGCAAGUUACGCGAUUCGGAACGUUUGCAGAAUACUCUAAAACAAAUUGAACACUAUGCCAGCCGGCAGCGCAGUGCCGCUGAAAUGCUUGGCAGUGUGGAAUCGGAUCCGGAAUACUGUUUGAUUGUGGACGCGAAUGCCAUAGCUGUUGAUAUAGAUAACGAGAUAUCAAUUAUACACAAGUUUACCAAAGAGAAGUAUCAGAAACGCUUUCCAGAGCUCGAUUCGCUGAUUGUAGGCGAAAUUGAAUACCUGCUGGCGGUCAAGGAGUUGGGCAAUGACCUGGAUCAAGUUAAAAGCAAUGAAAAACUCCAAGUUAUACUUACACAGGCAACCAUUAUGAUUAUUUCCGUAACAGCAUCCACUACACAGGGCACCAUGCUUACGCCUGCUGAAAAGUCUAAAAUCGAUGAAGCCUGUGAAAUGGCCAUAGAGCUAAACAACUUCAAGUCUAAAAUCUAUGAGUACGUGGAAAGUCGCAUGACUUUCAUAGCGCCUAAUCUAUCCAUGAUUGUGGGCGCCUCCACAGCAGCCAAGCUGUUGGGCAUAGCCGGCGGCUUAACUAAGCUCUCCAAGAUGCCCGCCUGCAAUGUACAGGUGCUGGGCUCACAGAAGAAAACAUUGUCAGGUUUCUCGCAAACACAGAUGUUACCACACACGGGCUAUGUCUACUACUCACAGAUUGUGCAGGAUACAGCACCAGACUUGCGACGUAAGGCGGCACGUCUAGUGGCUGCCAAAUCAGUGCUAGCAGCGCGAGUUGAUGCUUGCCAUGAAAGCGUGCAUGGCGAGAUUGGUUUAAGGUUUAAAGAGGACAUAGAAAAGAAGUUGGACAAACUGCAAGAACCGCCACCGGUGAAGUUUAUCAAGCCGCUACCAAAACCCAUCGAGGGCAGCAAGAAAAAGCGUGGUGGCAAACGUGUGCGCAAGAUGAAGGAGCGUUAUGCCUUAACUGAGUUCCGCAAGCAGGCUAACCGCAUGAACUUUGGCGAUAUUGAAGAGGACGCCUAUCAAGGCGAUCUUGGGUAUUCGCGUGGAACGAUUGGUAAAACAGGCACUGGUCGCAUACGUCUGCCGCAGUUGGAUGAAAAGACCAAGGUGCGCAUUAGCAAGACACUGCAAAAGAAUCUACAAAAGCAGCAAGUCUACGGUGGCAACACUACCGUUAAACGCCAAAUCUCUGGCACAGCAUCCAGUGUAGCGUUUACGCCACUGCAAGGUCUAGAAAUUGUGAAUCCACAAGCUGCGGAACGCUCACAUACCGAGGCCAAAUAUUUUUCAAACACCUCUGGUUUCCUUUCUGUGGGAAAGCGUACAACUUAAUUAAAUUUGUCCUAUAAAAAGAA